AUGCAUCGCUUUAUCCUUUCCGGUGCCUUCAUUUUAGCCACCUUGGCCAGUCUUUCCUUCGCGGCUCCGGCCGAAGACUCUCAAGGCCUUACUUCUACUCUUAAUAGAAGGAUGAGUUCAGAUGAUAAAUGGGGCCAAUUCUGCGAUGACUCCGAUUGCAGUGACAAUUGUGGCGAGUGGGUCAAUAUGGCCGACACGGGCUGUCUCAACGAGGGAGGCCGGGGUUCUUUCUAUGUGAGAGAUUCCACCGUGGACGCCUUUUUCAUGAUUGCCUCCGCAGAUGGAGACUGCCCUUGCCAGACCAGCUGUGAUGGUGCCGGUAACGAUAGGGGCACAGGAUGGAAGGCUGGCGACUCUUGCCAUCAGCUUGAUUCUGAUAUGCAAUCCUACCGAUUUGUUUUUGCCGACGGCACAUGCCCUGAUGAUGAAUGUUAA